AUGUUUCCUCCUUUGAAACAUUCAGGAAGAGGAAGACAAAAUCCUUGUUCCUUAUAUAGCAUUGGAUAUGAUCGUUUCUCUCAAACUUAUAAGAUUGUUGUUGUUUCAUUCUUUAAGGACGACAACACUAAUCAAGUUCAUGUUUAUACUUUGGGCACCGAUUCUUGGAAGAGGAUCGGGGACUUGCCAAACUCCAGCUGCAUCGAUAAUCCGGGGGUAUUUGCAAGUGGUACCAUUAAUUGGUUGGCAAAAGAUUCUAGGAGCAGUAUUGUUAUUUCUCUUGAUUUUGAAAAGGAAUCGUAUCAAAAGCUUUCGCACCCUAAUGUUGAGACAAAUUGUUGGACUUUGGGGGUGUUGAAGGAUUGCUUGUCCAUAUUUGCAUAUACUAAUAUGUUUGUGGAUGUUUGGAUUAUGAAUGAAUGUGGAAAUAACCAGCCAUGGACCAAAUUGUAUCAUGUUCCUUACAUGGUAUAUCGGGGAAACCGUCCCUAUUGCACGCCUUUAUAUAUUACGGAAGAUGACCAAGUGCUAAUGUAUUUUCAUGAUCAUUCGACGCACACUAAUCUGGUUGUCUAUGAUUCCAAAAUUGGUACUUAUAACAUGCCUGAGCUUCAAAACAUUGAUCAUUGGAGGGAUUCAGUAGUCUACGUUGAGAGUUUGAUAUCACCUUGUUCUUAA